AUGCUGCCCCAAGAUGUGACGCUUCACGACAAGUUCAUGUGCGGCAUCCGCGACAAGCAUCUCCAACAGCGACUGUUUGCGGAGAAAGACUUGAAUUUUCAACGCGCGUUGGACUUGGCACUGUCGUCCGAAAUAUACCAGGUCGCCGAAUCACGUCAAGAGAUCCAGGGUGUUCUCGCAUGCCAUCCUGAUGUAUUUAAGGAAGGUAUCAACGGCUACGAGGGUCCACUGGUUCAUUUUGACAUGGAAGAAGGUGCCACACCCAAGUUUUGCAAAGCACGGCCGGUGCCCCUAGCUUACCAAGAGCCUAUGGAGGAAGAGCUCGACUGCCUGCAAAAACAAGAUAUCCUGGAGCCGACGCAACAUGCCAAAAUGGCCACACCGUUGGUGUGGGCGCACAAAAAAGAUAGAACAUUUCGCGUUUGUGGAGAUUACAGGAGCACAGUUAACGCAGUGGUCAAGAAGACGGCGCACCUGCUACCGACAACUGUGCAGGUGUCCGCAAAGUUGCCUGAUGGGACGACGUUUUCCACGCUAGACCUUUACCAGGCCUAUCAGCAGCUAAGAGUGGACGACGGGACAGCCGCACUGCUCACCGUAAACACCAUCAAAGGACUGUUCAAGGUGAACCGUCUCCCUUUUGGAGUAUCCGCGGCGCCAGCCAUCUUCCAGUGGAUGAUGGAGACUACACUGGCCGGAAUUCAGGGGAUGAGUGUCUAG